AUUAAGGAAAUCUAACUGAACCAAAGACCUCUCAACAACUGGACCCCAACUUGGGUGUUCAGUUCAAGUUUGUGAAGCCGCUGCCGCAAAACUACAAACCCCAGAAUGCCUUUCUCAAGCACAAUACACAACAUCUGCCAGGUCACACAUGCUCAGUAUGGUGGCUGCAGCCUAUUUUCCAUAGACUGCUAAAUUAAAUAAAGUGGAGCAAAUGGCCCCACCCCCAAAGCAAGUUUCAAGAUUAAGAGUGUGAGCCUAGCCCCAGGGCGGAGCCGGAAUUUACCUUUGUACUUUGCUGGGUCAGGGUUGGUAAUGACUGGCUGGGUGUGUCUGGAACCGGCUGCCAUCCUGACACGUCUCAGAGCUGCAAGCAGGUCCUGCCGAACAGCUACCAUGGCCUCUCAGCCUCUGGGGCUGACAGAAGAAUCUGGCCCGAGUCCUGGGGACUCUGAACUGGCUGUGAAUCCCUUUGAUGGGCUGCCCUUCUCUUCCCACUACUACGAGCUCCUUGAGCGGCGCCGAGCAUUGCCCAUUUGGGCUGCUCGCUUUAAAUUCUUGGAGCAGUUGGAGAGUAGCCCCACUGGAGUGGUGCUGGUGUCUGGGGAGCCUGGCUCGGGCAAAAGCACCCAGAUCCCUCAGUGGUGUGCAGAGUUUGCGUUGGCCAGGGGAUUCCAGAAGGGCCAGGUUACCGUUGCUCAGCCUUACCCUCUGGCAGCCCUGAGCCUGGCUGUGCGGGUUGCUGAUGAGAUGGACCUGACCCUGGGUCAUGAGGUUGGAUACAGCAUCCCCCAGGAGGACUGCACAGGGCCUGAGACCCUGCUCAGGUUCUGCUGGGACAGACUGCUUCUGCAGGAGGUGGCCUCAACCCGGGGGCCUGGAGCCUGGGGUGUGCUGGUGCUGGAUGAGGCUCAGGAGCGGUCGGUGGCUUCAGACUCACUGCAGGGGCUCCUGCGAGAUGCCAGGCUGGGAAAUCUUCCAGGGGACCCUAGAGUGGUUGUGGUUACCGACCCAGCCCUUGAGCCUAAGCUGCAAGCCUUUUGGGGCAAUCCUCCUACUGUGCACGUACCCAGAGACCCUGGUGGGAGUCCCACUCCUGUCUUCAGGGGCACUGCGCCUACUGAUCUGGUGGAAGCUGCCUGCCACGCUGUGCUCGAGUUGUGUCAGAAGGAGGCUCCAGGAGACGUGUUAGUGUACCUGCCUGGUGAGGAGGAAAUAGCCCUGUGCUGUGAAUCCUUGUCCAAGGAGGUGGGGUCCCUGGCUCUCCCAGGGCCUCCACCGCGGGUGCUACCCCUUCACCCAGGCUGUGGUCAAGCCGUUCAGGCUGUAUACGAGGAUGUAGACACAGGCGCCCGAAAAGUGGUGGUCACUCACUGGCUGGCUGACUUCUCCUUCUCCCUCCCUUCCAUCCGCCAUGUCAUUGACUCAGGACUGGAGCUUCGAAGUGUUUACAAUCCUCGGAUCCGAGCAGAAUCCCAAGUGUUGAGGCCAAUCAGCAGGUGCCAGGCUGAGGCAAGACAACGGCGGGCAAGAGGGUUCUCCUCAGGAUCCUGCCUCUGCCUGUAUCCCAAGUCCUUCCUAGACCUAGAGGCUCCCCCACUGCCCCAACCCAGGGUGUGGGAGGAGAAUCUGAGCCCCCUGGUGUUACUACUGAAGAGGAGACAGAUUGCAGAGCCAGGAGAGUGGCGCUUCCUGGACCGGCCUGCUCCAGAAGCGCUGAUGCAGGCCCUGGAAGACCUAGACUACCUGGCAGCCCUGGAUGACGAUGGCGACCUGUCAGACCUGGGAGUCGUCCUAUCAGAGUUUCCCCUGCCCCCUGAGCUGGCCAAAGCACUGCUGGCCUCCUGCGAGUUUGAUUGUGUGGAUGAGAUGCUUACCCUCGCCGCCAUGCUCACUGCCGCCCCUGGGUUUACCCGUCCACCACUCUGUGCAGAAGAAGCUGCCCUGCGUCGGGCCUUGGAACAUGCAGAUGGUGACCACAGCUCUUUGAUCCAGGUGUAUGAAGCCUUUAUACAAAGUGGAGCAGAUGAGGCCUGGUGCCAGGCUCGGGGUCUAAACUGGGCAGCAUUAUGCCGAGCCCGUAAACUUCGGGAAGAGCUCCUAGAACUUAUGCAGCGAAUUGAACUUCCCUUGUCCCAACCAGCCUUCGGCUCUGAGCAGAAUCGCAGAGACCUUCAGAAAGCACUGCUGUCGGGAUACUUCCUUCAGGUGGCCCGAGACACAGAUGGGACUGGAAAUUACCUACUGCUAACACACAAGCAUGUGGCCCAGCUCUCCUCAUACUGCUGCUACCGAAAUCGCCGGGCUCCUGCCAGACCCCCACCCUGGGUGCUAUAUCACACUUUCUCCAUAUCCAAAGACAACUGCCUUUCCAUUGUUUCUGAGAUUCAACCACAGAUGCUGGUGGAGUUGGCGCCCCCAUACUUCCUGAGUAACUUGCCCGCCAGUGAGAGUAGAGACCUGCUGAACCAGCUGAGAGAAGAAAUGGCAGAUUCAUCAGCAGGAAGUGGACCCUCCCCCACCAAGGAGUUCAGAGAUGCCUGUGUCCUGCAGUGACCUGCCUGCCUGUGGAACCCUGUUGAACUCAUCUUGUGCCAUUAGAUCCUCCCCUGGACUAACCAUGAGGCCAUUGGCCAGAUUUAGAAGCCCAAAGGUUAGGGUGAAAUGUAAAUCCUGGGGCCUGAGCCCUAAGAUAUGGUGGGCUGGGAGUGGAGGGAAUGGGAUCAGCCACUGUCUGUACAGAGUAGGACCCUUCCCUUAGACUCCCAUUGAUUACAGACCUGCUCCCCAUUCCUCCAUCUUCUGCGCUUGGUCCAUAAAAGAUGCCAAAAUUUGAAUUGUUCUACAACACCAUGUACUUGGGCAACAUCCAUGAGUCAGCAAUGACUCUGUAGCAAAGAUCCAGGGCCAGCUCCUACAGCUGCCACCACACAUGCCUGGUGUCCACCUCGGGGCCUUCAUGCUGGGACUGACAUGUCUCUAGCACAGAAUAGGAGACAGCUUUCUGGCCCCGCCUCUUCCCUCUGUCACACAGCACUCCAGCCUCCAGGGGAGGAGGAAUGGGAGUGCUAGUGCAAUCAGACAAGACCUUCCCUUUCUGGGGGCAGGCGCUGUGGCGUAGCAGGUAAAGCUGCCACCUGUAUCCAUAUGGGUGCCAGAUAGAGUGCCUGGGAAAGCAGUGGAUGAUGGCCCAAGUCCUUGGGCUCCUGCACCCACGUGAGAGAACUGGAAGAAGCUCCUGGCUCCUGGCUUCGCAUCAGCACAGCUCUGGCUGAUGCGGCCAACUGGGGAGUGGACCAUCAGAUGGAAGACCUCUCUCUCUCUCUCUCUCUGCCUCUCCUUCUCUCUGUGUGUAACUCUGCCUUUCAAAUAAAUAAAUCUUUUUUUUAAAAAAACUUAUCUUUCUUCCUCAUACACCUUAAAUCCCACUCCUUUUUAAACCUGAAGUCUUGGCCGGCGCCGCGGCUCACUAGGCUAAUCCUCUGCCUUGCGGCGCCGGCACACCGGGUUCUAGUCCCGGUUGGGGUGCCGGAUUCUGUCCCGGUUGCCCCUCUUCCAGGCCAGCUCUCUGCUGUGGCCAGGGAGUGCAGUGGAGGAUGGCCCAAGUGCUUGGGCCCUACACCCCAUGGGAGACCAGGAGAAGCACCUGGCUCCUGGCUUCGGAUCAGCGCGCCGGCAGCGGUGGCCAUUGGAGGGUGAACCAACGGCAAAGGAAGACCUUUCUCUCUGUCUCUCUCUCUCUCUCACUGUCCACUCUGCCUGUCAAAAAAAAAAUUAAAAAUAAAUAAAUAAAUAAACCUGAAGUCUUCAGCAACCAUCCCCUCCAAUUUUGAACCACAAGCUUCCCAGCAGCCCUGGGGGCCACCCCCAAACUGAAGCCUUUUUCCUACAGCUUCAGAGCUAUCAUGCUUUCCUUUCUUGCUGGCUGGGAGUUCCCUCCCCCUCUCUGCCCUUGGUAUCCCCCACCAUCUUGCACAUGGGAUAUGUGUUUGUAGAAUUUGGCAGAAAGAAUGAUCUGGUCCUUGGAACUCUGUCAGCAGAACUCCCUCCCUUGGAGAUUCUGUUAUCGUUCCAUCUCCACCUCUGCGUGGAUGUCAACCCAUCCCCCUCCGGGGAGGGGGGGGCACUUUCCCGGAAGUUAUUCUAAGUCUAGCACUUAGUUUCACCCACAAUCUCUUCAGUCUUCCCAAUAUCCUUGUCAUCCUCCACAUCGCCAAGCUGGUAACUCUCUCAUUCUUCUCAGGCUUGCCACUUGCAAGUUAUUUGCCAGACUGUGCUCCCCCUACCUCCACUCUGGCCACCAUCUCCGCCUCUCC